ACCACCGGAGAAAGACUGAAAGAGAGAAAGAGCGCGCGCGACAGAGAAUCAUCGCCCAAGUGCCGCGAAUCUAGGGUUACUAAUUUGUACAAAUUGAAAGAUUUUUCGAAUUUUUUUUCUUGAGGCACAGGUGGCGGAUUUUUUUUGGCUGCGUAGUGGCAUUUGUGUGGAGCGGUUGGUGUGAUUCCGAUGGAGGAAGAUGAGGAUAGAAUUUUGCUUAAUAGUUUGGGUAUUGCGUCCGCAAACCCUGAAGAUAUUGAGCGUGACGUAUUAGCAGAGGCGACAAGGAAUGAUGAGAACAAUGGUGAAGGUGGAGGGGGCACUGAGGAGGAAACUCUUGAGAAGCCAGAGAGUAUUGACCCAUCAUCCACCAGCAAAGCAAAGCUCUACCAUAAAUUGAAGGCUGUAGAAUUUGAAAUAGAUGCCGUUGCAUCCACUGUUGAGCAGGCGAGGAAUGUUGCAAGUGAUGAAGACUGUGCUGGUGAUGAUAAUGGCAGUGGGGUGCUAGGUAAUAAGGAGGAUAGUGGUCAGGUUUUGCCAAAUGGCUUAGACCUCCAGCAUGCCUUGGCUGCUGAUAGGCUAAGAAGCCUCGAGAAAACCAGGGUUCAACUUGAGAAUGAACUUUCAGAUUUGCGUAAGGAGAGCUCAUCGAAAGGUGUUGAACAUAAUAAAGUGUUACGAGAUAUGGUCAAGGAAGAGCCAAGGUGGAAGAGGAAGCUGAAAGAUGUCCAGAAAUCAGGAAAAAUUGUAGAAAAGAAAAAGAAGAUUGUAUCAUUUGAGGAGGAUACUGGUUUUGAUGCAAUUUUGGAUGCAGCAUCUACAGGCUUUGUUGAAACGGAAAGGGAUGAAUUGAUUCGGAAGGGAGUUUUAACUCCUUUUCAUAAGCUGAAGGGCUUUGAGCGCCGUCUUCAACAACCAGGACCAUCUAAUAGGCACAAUGUACCUAAGAAAGAAGACAGGAGUGAUGAUCUUGUUGCUGCCAGUGUAGCUAGGGCUGUAAGGUCAAUGUCAGAGGCUGCUCAUGCUCGCCCAACAACCAAGCUCCUUGAUCCAGAAGCUUUGCCAAAGCUUGAUGCACCCACACGUCCUUUUCAAAGGCUAAAAACACCUUUGAAAUAUCCUCGAUCCCCAGAAAGAGAGGUAAAAAAGAAUAAACAUUCACAAAAGAUAAAGAAAAAGAAACGGCCUCUGCCUGACAGGAAGUGGUCAAAGCUCAUUUCUUGUGAGGAUAUACACUUGGAAGAAAGUGAAGAUGCAAGGGGAGAAGUGGUAACCUCCAGUUGUGAAGAUGAAAGGUCAGAUAACGUUCAAGACAUAGAUGAUUAUGAAACUCCUUAUGAAACACUUGAAGGUGGGCUGAAAAUCCCAGAAAGAAUCUUUCAUGAACUUUUUGACUAUCAAAAAGUGGGAGUACAGUGGUUAUGGGAAUUGCAUUGCCAAAGAGCAGGUGGAAUUAUUGGAGAUGAGAUGGGCCUUGGUAAGACUAUCCAGGUCUUAUCUUUUCUUGGUGCACUGCAUUUCAGUAAUAUGUACAAACCAAGCAUCAUUGUCUGUCCUGUUACACUUUUGCGACAGUGGAAAAGGGAAGCACAAAAAUGGUACCCGAAGUUUCAUGUGGAGUUGCUACAUGAUUCUGCUCAGGAUUCUGUUAAUAGGAAGAAACAAGCUAAAUCAUCUGAUAGUGAUCAUGAAAGUGAAGGUUCAUUUGACAGUGAGCACGAGGGAGACAUCUCAAGUAGAAGCAAUGGAAAAUGGGAUUCCUUAAUAAACCGUGUUUUGAGAUCAGAAUCUGGAUUGCUCAUUACAACUUAUGAGCAACUGCGCAUAGUAGGGGAAAAAUUGCUUAAUAUUGAAUGGGGUUAUGCAGUUCUGGAUGAAGGUCACCGAAUUCGGAAUCCAAAUGCUGAAAUCACUCUAGUUUGCAAGCAGCUACAGACAAUUCAUCGCAUAAUAAUGACUGGUGCACCAAUUCAGAACAAGCUGAGUGAACUGUGGUCUUUAUUUGAUUUUGUGUUCCCUGGGAAGCUGGGUGUCCUGCCCAUAUUUGAGGCAGAGUUUGCAGUUCCCAUAUCUGUCGGUGGUUAUGCUAAUGCUUCACCAUUACAAGUAUCUACAGCUUACAGAUGUGCUGUGGUCCUGCGUGACUUGAUCAUGCCUUAUCUCCUCCGACGUAUGAAAGCUGACGUGAAUGCCCACCUUCCAAAGAAGACUGAACAUGUCCUCUUUUGCAGCCUCACUGCAGAUCAACGGUCUGCAUAUAGAGCCUUUCUAGCAAGCACUGAGGUGGAACAGAUUUUAGAUGGGAAUAGGAAUUCUCUUUCUGGAAUUGAUGUGAUGCGUAAGAUUUGCAACCAUCCUGAUCUUCUUGAAAGGGAACACUCCUGCCAUAAUCCAGACUAUGGGAAUCCUGAACGCAGUGGAAAAAUGAAAGUUGUUGACCAAGUACUUAAGGUCUGGAAGGAACAAGGACACCGUGUUCUUCUUUUUACACAAACUCAACAAAUGCUUGAUAUUCUUGAAAAUAAUUUGAUCAAUGGUGGCUAUAGCUACCGGAGAAUGGACGGUCUUACCCCCAUAAAACAGAGAAUGGCCUUAAUAGAUGAAUUUAAUAACACAGAUGAUGUCUUUAUCUUCAUUUUAACAACCAAGGUUGGUGGUUUGGGAACAAAUCUAACUGGUGCAGACCGGGUGAUCAUUUAUGAUCCUGACUGGAACCCUUCAACUGACAUGCAGGCCAGGGAGCGUGCUUGGCGCAUUGGUCAGAAACGAGAUGUAACAGUAUAUAGAUUGAUCACACGUGGAACCAUAGAGGAGAAGGUCUACCACCGGCAGAUUUACAAACAUUUUCUCACUAAUAAGAUUUUGAAGAACCCACAGCAGAGAAGGUUCUUUAAAUCUCGAGAUAUGAAGGAUCUCUUCACGCUGAAUGACAGUGGAGAGAGUGGGUCAACUGAAACAUCUAAUAUUUUUGGUCAGGUUUCUGAAAAUGUAAAUGUUGUUGGUGCUCAGAAAGAUAAUCAGACUAACCAUAUACAUCCUGAAGUUGUUGUGCACCAUGCUGAUGGUGUUGCAGCUGAAAAUGGUAACAGAUCAGAGAUUGCACUUUCCAGGAGGAAGGGGAAAGAGAAAGCUGAUCAAAGUAGUGGUGAUGCAGAUACUAAUAAAAAAAAAAGUAGUGGUGAUGUAGAUGAAGAAACACACAUAUUAAGGAGUCUUUUUGAUGCCAAUGGGAUACAUAGUGCCAUGAACCAUGACAUAAUCAUGGAUGCCCACGAUGAGGAGAAGAUGAGGCUUGAGGAGCAUGCUUCCCAAGUUGCCCAAAGAGCAGCAGAAGCAUUGCGUCAGUCACGGAUGCUCCGAAGUCGUGACAGUAUUUCUGUCCCAACAUGGACUGGGAAAUCAGGAACUGCUGGUGCACCAUCAUCUGUGCGCCAGAAGUUCGGUUCAACUGUGAACUCUCAGUUGACAAUUGUUACUAAACCGUCAAAUGAAUUGUCCAGCAAUGUAAAUGGGUUUGCAGCUGGGGCAUCUACUGGGAAGGCACUAUCUUCAGCUGAACUAUUGGCUAAAAUUCGAGGUAACCAAGAAAGAGCCGUUGGUGCUGGACUCAAGCAUCAGUCUGGGUUGGCUUCAAGUUCAAGUAACCAGGCAAGAUCUAUCAACGCUGGGACUUCUAGGUCAUCAAAAAAAAUAGCUGGAGUGCAGCCUGAAGUAUUGAUACGUCAGAUCUGUACAUUUAUGCAGCAAAGAGAUGGAAAUAGCACUUCAGCCAGCAUAGUUCAGCACUUUAGAGACAGAAUACCUACUGAAGAUCUGCCCUUGUUCAAGAAUCUUCUGAAGGAAAUAGCAACACUAGAGAAGGAUGCGGAUGGAUCACAUUGGGUACUAAAGCCAGAGUAUCAACAACAAUAGUCUCAACCACUGAUAAUCUGCUUGGCUUGUAUUGACCCAUCAAAUAUUUAUUAAGGAUCUGCAGCCAUGUCCAUAACGACUAGGUCGUUUUUACUAGUUGAUCCUUUUUUGUUUCUCAACUUCACUCCCAAAUUGGAAAAAGUUUAGCUCCAAACAUGUUUGAAGCUAUUUUGCUUCAACCCAUGAUGUGGCGAUUAAAAAGACUAUCCAUAUGUAGUUUUAAUCACAUACUCAUGAAUGGUCUUAUAAAUCGUCACAUAAUGAGUUGGAAAAAAGAGAUUUGAACAUGUUUGGAACCAAAAUUUGUUCUCCAAAAUUUUAGUGGCAGGCAAAGGUGAUAAAGAAGUCCUCUUUAUCGUCGCCGCACUCUAGUGUUUGGCAUUCUCUGAUCACACCGAAUACCCUUUUGCUGUAGAGUACAGAAUUGUAGAGAUUUUCCCCAUUUUUGGUAGACAAUGAGAGAAUAUAGACCUUAGAAUUUGCUCCAAGAGAUUAGGACAUUUAGGUUGUCAAUUAUUGCUUGUUUGACAAGAUUAUAAACAAUAGAAGGAUGUUUGGGUACGAGCUCAUUGGUUUGGGUAUAUAUUAAUAUAUUUGAUUGAAGCUUCUUUUUACUGGUCCUUUAUCUGAGUCUUUACUGUUACCUUUUGGAGUUGCUGUAGCAUUUUCCAAUCAAGAUCAAUGUGUAUCUGGGUAGAUGGAACUUAUAGAGGCUUCUUUAGUUGAUAAACUCCUUCAACCAUGCUAUAGGGAGGAACAUGAUCACACUGGGUGGUCAUUGUCAGGCGAAUUGGGAGUUGAAGCUCGCCGCUUCUCAAACUUCUCUCCUUAUGAAGAAAAUUGCUGUUGGUGUUAUCAAAAGAUGCAACACUGCAUUUUCGUUGAUUCAGUGAUUUCUGAGAAAAAUAGUGCAGGCACAGUUCAUUAUUUCCUGUUACAUUAAGGGAUAUACAAUGUAUUUAAUUAUGCUUCUUUUCUGUCCAAAAUCUCUCCACGCAAACUUCCAUUUGAGCAAGUACAUGUAUCCAUUUUUAUAAUUUACUUACCUUUCCUAAUAUGGGAAUGGGCGGACAAUAACAGCCACCAUCAUUUGCUUCA